AUGGAAGGAAAAACUCUGGUUGAAAAGUGGUACGAUGCCCACGCCAAAGCUGAGGAGCAUCGCUUGGACGAAGGACGCCUGGAGUUUGAAGUGACCAAGCGGGUUAUCAAUUCCUGCUUGUCUACGUUGGGUUUGCGGCGAGCGAAGAUCUUAGACAUCGGUGGUGGACCCGGCAGAUAUGCCAUCACACUAGCAAACCAAGGCCAUCAAGUCACGCUUAACGAUCUCUCAGAAAAGAACCUAGACAUUGCACGAAAAAACGCAGAAAAAGAAGCCGUCCACCUCAACGCCAUCAUCCACGCAAACGCACUCGACAUCCCCCAGCACCCCCUCCUCAAAACCUCCCAUGCCUCCUUCGACAUAGUCCUCUGUCUCGGCCCUUUAUACCACCUCACCGCGCCCGCAGACCGAGCAUGCGUGAUACGAAAUUGCAUCGAAAUGGCCAAACCCGGCGGCUACAUCCUGCUCGCCUACGUAACAAUCUACGCCCACCUCCGCGAUCUAGCAGUGCGCGAACCCGCGCGUCUCGCGCGUGAGUGGCAGUUUUAUAGCCAGUACUUGCAAAGUGGGGAGUACACUCGCAAUCCGGCUACGGCGUCUUUUCAUGUGCAGCCUGCAGGUUUGCUAGAUGAGUUUGCGGCGUUCCGAGGCGAAGUGGGUAUGGAGAGGGUGGUGGGUUGUGAGGGGUUUCUGGGGUCGGGGGGUGCGAAGGGGUUUGCGGGUUUGAGUGAGGGGGAGAUGGAGAGGUGGGUGGAUGUUGUGAUGUUGAGUGCGGAGCGGGUGGAGACGAGCGGUUGUGCGGAUCAUUUGGUUGUGGUUCUGCGUAAGGGGACUUGA